GGGGUCAGGGUCACACACACACACACACAUACAGCUUUUGUCUUCACACUCCCUACCUGACCUUUAAUCUCUGAGCCUGCCUCAGUUUCCUCAUGUGUACAAUGGGGGAUAAUAUUAGAUUUCAUUAGUUACUGUACACAAAGUGCCCACUACAAUGCCCAGCACAUAAUGAAGGCGCAAGACAGUGUAGCUAUUCUUUUCCCUGUGUGUGGGGUGCCCCUCUUCAGACCUACCAUCUCUUAGGGUACAGCAGAGCUUCUAGGAGUCAUUGGAUGGGUGGGGAGACAGGUAGACGAGGGUAAUGAAGUUCUGGGAAGGUAAGGGAAUAAGGGAGGGGAUGAGUACCAAGGAAAGAACUUGCCAAGAAAGUACGACUGGGGCCUGGGGAGGCAGCUCAGAGAUGGGCAAGUGGGUAGUUGAAGGCAGAAGUUCCUCAGGAAAGAGAACAGUCAGGAGGGUGGGGGAGGAGUGGAGAGGGCGGUGGGGACACCCAGGACUGAGGAAAUAAACAAGGGGAGCGCCAUCACAGGGGUGGAGGUAAUGCUGCUGGGAAUCAGCCCCCUCAGACUUUCCACUGUGAAGCGAAACCGUGAGCCCUGGGGUGCUGGGGGGGGCGACGGGGAGGGGAAGUGCGAAAGGUGGAGGGAAGACAGAAGGACAGGGGCCAGGGCCCUGGGAGCAGCAGAAGGGCCUCUAGCUCAAGACAGCCACCUCACCUCCACUCUGCUCUCUGCCAGCACCCUGCCCCAUCCCCCGGGACCCCCACCCCAUCCCUGACCGCACCCUCUGGCUGCCCGAUCUGCCGGGCUUUCCUCUAGAUUCCAGCCCCCUGGUCGUUGGUUCCUCCCUCUCUCUCCAGGCCUCCAUUCCUCUUUUUCUAGAUUCUCUUUCUCCAACACCCUCUUUGCAGAACCCUCUUUUGAACAUCAGUCCUUCCCCACUUGCUGACCUCUUCCCUUUGGAGGGCUGUGUGGCCCAGGGCUCAGAGGAGAUGCGGGAGGCUCGGUUCCCAGUCUGGCUGCUUCUGCAACUGCUGUGGGCAGCUGCAGUGGAGGCUCCAGACCCUGGGGCAGAGGUCCCGGUGGUGUGGGCCCAGGAGGGGGCUCCUGCCCAGCUCCCCUGCAGCCCCACAAUCCCCCUCCAGGACCUCAGCCUUCUGCGAACAAGACAAGUCACUUGGCAGCAUCUACCAGACAGUGAGCCCGCGGCGCUCUCCCCCCGGGGCCCGGGGCCCCGCCGCUACACGGUGCUUAGGCUGGCUCCCGGAGGCCUGCGCGUCGGGAGGCCGCCCCUGCAGCCCCGCGUGCAGCUGGAUGAGCGCGGCCUCCAGCGCGGGGACUUCUCGCUGUGGCUGCGCCCGGCCCGACGCGCCGACGCCGGCGAGUACCACGCCGCUGUGCGCCUCGGGGACCGCGCUCUCGCCUGCCGCCUCCGUCUGCGCGUGGGCCAGGCGGCGGUGACUGCCAGCCCCCUCGGGUCUCUGUGGGCCUCCAGUUCCGUCAUUUUGAACUGUUCCUUCAGCCGCCCUGAUCUCCCGGCCUCUGUGCACUGGUUCCGGGACCCAGGCAGAGUCCCCGUUCAGGAGUCCCCCCAUCACCUCUUAGCCGGAAACUUCCUCUUCCUGCCCCAUGUCAGCCCCUUGGACUCCGGGACCUGGGGCUGCACCCUCACCUACAGAGAUGGCUUCAAUGUCUCCACCACGUACAGCCUCACUGUUCUGGGCCUGGAGCCCCCAGUCCCUCUGACAGUAUACGCUGGAGCUGGUUCCAGGGUGGAGCUGCCCUGCCACCUGCCUCCGGGUGUGGAGACCCAGUCUUCCCUCACUGCCACAUGGACCCCUCCUGGGGGAGGCCCCGACCUCCUGGUGGCUGGAGACCAUGGCAACUUUACCCUUCUACUAGAGGCUGUGGGCCAGCCCCAGGCUGGGACCUACACCUGUGGCGUCCACCUGCAGGGGCAGCAGCUCACUGCCACUGUCACUUUGGCAGUCAUCACAGUGACUCCCAAAUCCCACGGAUCACCUGGCAACCUGAGAAAACUGCUUUGUGAGGUGACUCCGGCAUCUGGACGAGAACACUUUGUGUGGAGCCCCCUGGACGAGCGGUCUCGCAGGACCUCCGCAGGCCCCUGGCUGCUGAUGCCGGAGGCCAGGCUCCUUUCUCAGCCCUGGCAGUGCCGUCUGUACCGGGGGCAGAGGCUUCUCGGGACCGCCGUAUAUCUCGCUGAGCUGUCCCGCCCAGGCGCCCAACGUUCCGGGGGAGCCCCGGGGGCCUGGGAAACAGGCCACCUUCCUCUCCUCAUCCUUGGGAUCCUCUUCCUCCUCGUGUUGGUGACUGGAGCCUUUAGCUUUCACCUUCGGAGAAGACGGUGGCGACCAAGCAGAUUCUCUGCCUUAGAGCAUGGGACUCACCCACCUCAGCCUCAGGGCAAGACAGAGGAUCCGGAGCCGCAGCCGCAGCUGAAGCAGCCCUGAGCUGGAGCCGGGCAGCCCCUGCAUCUCCGCACUUCAGUGCAAAUAAACUCCCCGUCAGCAGCAA